AUGCCAAAAUCUAAACAGAACAAGCUGCAACAUUUGAAGAAAGCUGCGAUUGAGCGACAACUGCGUGAAAGACUGGAGCUUCAGAGACAACACGCUGAGCAGAUGAGGUACAAAGCCAUGCGUCAGCAGGCAGAGAAAGAGGAAGAAGAUGAGUUCAGAAGACAGAUGUUGGCCAAAUUUGCGGAGGAUGACCGAAUAGAGCAGAUGAAUGCUCAGAAACGUCGCAUGAAGCAGUUAGAACACAAGCGUGCUGUAGAACAGUUGAUUGAGGACAGAAGGAAGCAGUUCUCAGCAGACAGAGAAAAGGAAUUGGAAGAGCGCAGGUUGGAGGAACAGAUGGAGGCAUUCCGCAAACAGAUCAUCGAGGAGGAGAGACAGAAGUUGUUGCGAGAGCAUGCCAUACGUUUACUGGGCUACCUGCCAAAGGGUGUCAUCAGAGAUACAGGUGACUUGGCCAUGCUGGGCUCAGAUUUCCAGGAGCAGUACAAGAAACGCCAGAUUGACCCAUUUGAUGAUGAGGCAUGGGAGGCUGGGGCAGGGUCUCAGUCUAGGAAGUAGACCUUUCAUUUCUUGAUUUCUGUUAGUCUGUGAUCUGGAACAUUCCUCAGCUGUCAUGACGUUGGGACUAAAUUGUUACAGAUAUAGCACCAGUUCUAGUUACAAGAUGUAAUGUCUUUGGAUAUCUGGCAUGUUCAAUGUGACUUUAGCUUGCCCUAUGAUAGGGAUGUGCAUGAUAUUGGUCUGUGAAGAGUAUGGAAAAGAUUUAUACACAGGGAAAUUUGUUUUUAUACUGCUACCCGUCCAAGAGAUAUACAGCCAGAUUUGUAUUGGAUCCCAAAUGAAUAUUUAUACAGUUGUAAAUAAAUUGUUUAUUUUGACUCGUAUUGGUGGGUAAAAUUGAUCAGAUAUUUGCUCCGUGAAAAAAAAAUCCUUUAAUGAUUGUCCAGUAAGCAUUGUAUAUUUUGUAUAAAA